AUGGCUGGCCAGCUAGCAGUCAGAAGCAAGGGAAGCACAAAAUGUUGCCAUCACAAGACAGAGAAUGUUGUCUUUGUGUGUAAGGAGGAUGGUUGUAACAACGACCUAGCAUGCAUCAAAUGUGUGACAUCUGUUCACAAAAAACAUGAUUUAGAAAAUUUAUCAACUGUGAUAGAAGGAAAGAAGAACAAAAUUCGACAGUUUGUUCGUACUGCUGAGCAACAGGACUCAGCAAACAUCGAUCUGGUGAUCCAGGCAACAGAGCUCAAACUUGAGAAAAAUUCGGAGAAAUUUAAGAGCAUUCAAGAUCAGAUGAAAAAACAUGCACAAGAAUGUAAAGACGAGAUUGACCUAGUCGUGAAGGAGUUCUUAGUCAAGUGUAGCAAGGAAGAGGACGGAAAUAAGGCAACUCUGGAAAAUUAUAAAGAGAAAUUGAAGGAGACAAAAGAAAAGUUGAACGAUCGCAUAAGGAAAUGUAAAACAACUCUACAGAGAGGAACGGACGUAGAAAUCUUUGACACGGAGAUCGGCAAUGUGGACCAGCGAGUGACCAUUCCAGACACCCCAACUUUGUCGGUCAGUGAAUUUGAAAAAUGUGAAGGCUAUAAACUCCAUCUUGAUUCUGCCUUUGGUAAAUGGAAAUACAAGGAUGAGAAUUGUCAUGCACAGUUUGUGAUCCGAUCACCCUAA